AUGAUGCAGCACGGGGUGCGCUGGAAGGCCGCAGCAAAUCUUGAAUUGUUGCUGGGAUCGGAGCAUCCGCCCGCCCGUAUUGUUCGGGACGUUACAAACGCCUCAGCAAAUAUUGAUGGUGCGGCUGUGGAUGCAAGAAACACGGUGAGUUUUAAGAACACGCUCUACUGCAAUCGACAGGACGCUGGCUACGUUGGCACAUGGCAGCGCCUGGCUGAAUACUACCGGUUUAUGUUUUCGAAAAUUCCUCUCUGGGAAAAGAGUGUCCAGCACGGUGAGAAAACGAAGGAAACGACGGAGGAUUCCGUGGCGAAAAACGAGGAGGAGGGGGAUGUUGAGGUGCCUACGCCUCACGAGAACGUUUUGCCGCCGACUUAUCGAGCGGUAGGCGUUCUUACGCAGACGAACAACCCGGGCGAUAUUGGAGGGGACCUCCUCCUUCCAUGGGAGUUUUAUCCGGUGACAGACAUUAACGAUGAAGAUGCCUACGCUGAGUGCAUCAAGGCCCUUUUGAGAGAAGCCCCAGUGGUCAAUGGAUUACUUCAUAUUGGGGCCGAGGAAGAAGACGAACUAGGGGCGGCAGGAGCCACGAUGGCAGCUUCGAACUUAAAUGCUUACAGCCGAAGUGACGGGAGGCUUUCGAUUUACACACGUCUGGUUCCUCAAUUUAGUGGCAUCUACCCAGGGAUGGCCGUUGGAAUUGUCGGCGACCCCUUCAAGCGUAGCUCGUCCGGCAUGUUGACUGGUGUUUUGGUG